GGGAGGGUUAAAGUAAUAAAUAUGGCUGCCAAUAAGCAAUCACGCUUUUUCCCACGUUCCUUCCGUCUUUGAUUUAAUUUUUAUGUGCGGGAUUUUGCCACUGCGUAACCUGUAAUAGAAAAAAAAAAUUUCAACGUUUUUAAGGGCAUGCUUUAAAAUUGUGUUCAAUCAAAAUGAGCCAGAAACGAGAAAUUGGGUUCAUACGGAAUGGAUACCAUGCAGACACCCAUUCAGGCGAGGACUCUGAGAAACUACCUUUACAACACCAGCAACCGGUCCGUCUGCAACCCUCUUGGGAGGAAAGUAAUUUGCCGGAAGACGAGCUUAACUUUCGCAAUUUAACGAUGGAGGAAGCGAGUUUACAGCUACACGCGCCCGUCGACAAGUAUAGAUUGGUUUACUUGACUUUUAUUCUGCACGGUAUCGGGGUGUUGAUGCCUUGGAAUAUGUUUAUUACUGCCGAAAAUUAUUUUGUAAAGCACAAAUUUGGAAAGGAGUAUACGGGGGAGAACUUAGUCUACGGGACGAGUUACCUGCAGUUUGUGGGAUUUGCAGCUCAAGUUCCUAAUUUGAUAUUCAAUUGGUUGAAUGUUUUUGUACAAAUGGGAGGUAACCUUACGACGAGAAUCAUCUGGAGUAUUUCAGUAGAAGUAGUGAUAAUUAUUCUAACGAUUGCCUUGGCAAUGACCGAUACGCACGAGUGGCCCGGCACCUUCUUUUGGGUAACGAUGGUAUCGGUCGUUGUAUUAAAUAUGGCCAAUGGCGUAUACCAAAACACCAUAUUCGGCAUGGCUGCCAAGUUGCCUUUGAAGUAUACCGGAGCCGUAGUACUCGGAUCGAAUAUUAGCGGUACUUUUACGUCCGUGGUCCGUAUAUUUUCGGACACUUUCACUUCGAGUGUCCGAAUGGCGGCGGUAUAUUACUUUAUCAGCGCGCUAUUUGUUUUACUGUUAUGCUUCGAUACAUACUUCGCACUGCCAUUAAAUAGAUAUUAUCGACAUCACGAGUUGAAGGAGCAACAAGAGGCCCGCACCAGAAAAAUGGAAUCAAUGGGCGCGGUGGAGAAGAUUCCUUAUUUUUACAUUUUUAAAAAGUGUCUGCCGCAACUGAUCAACAUAUUUUUGGUAUUUUUCGUCACUCUCUCCAUUUUUCCAGCCGUACAAGCAAGCGUGCAACCUAAUGAUCCCGAUUUCUUUCUCGGUACCAAAUACUUUACGUCGGUUACGUGCUUUUUAACGUUUAACAUGUGCGCGAUGAUUGGAAGUUACCUAACAACGUUCUGCACUCGGCCUUCGGCCAAGUACCUAUGGAUUCCAGUGGCGCUACGUUUACUUUACAUACCGUUUUUCCUUUUGUCAAACUAUCAACUGGGAGAAAAUAGGGUGAGAGCUUUACCCGUACUAAUAACCAAUGAUUGGGUCUACUGGUUUACUGCUGUUACUAUGGGUCUAACUAGUGGAUACCUCAGCGCAUUGGGCAUGAUGUACACGCCUAGAUCUGUAGAGCCCAGAUACGCGGCGACAGCUGGAAUGUUCGCGGCGGCGGCACUAAUAACCGGAAUAUUUUCCGGCGUGAUGGUAUCCUUUAUCUGGCCGUGGUUCAUCGAGCACGUCGGAAUUUAACAAAAAUGUCUAGUGUAUGACACUGAAACUUCCUUCCAGGUACGGUUUUAAUUAAAAAUCUGUCGAUCGCCAACGCGAAUUAUAUAUAAAUAUCGGAGAGGUUUCGAGUCGUACAUUAGCACAAUCAUGUAUAGACUGAGUUCGUUUAUUCGAAAUAAUGUUGACUAUUGAAAAUGACGAUAUAAACAUUUGUAUAUAAAAUAUGUAUGUUCAUUUCACAUUCUCCUCUACUUUUUAACACCCGAAUUUCUCUAUAACCACGCCUCUGCAAGCUAUCGGGACGUUAUACUUCGACCAAGCUCUAGUGUAAAUAAAAAUUUCUCUAAGUUUAAUACCAAAGUAUAUUUACAGGUUAAGCGUUAACGAAUUAAGACUGAUUAGAGUUUGAUUUUUAUUUGCUAGUUCAUCUUAUUUCGAAGCCCCCCCCCCCUCCUUCCCUCUCUUUCCAGAGUGUAGUGUGCGUUUACCACAACCAAACCAUGGCAUGUUUUAACCAAAUGUAUUCUUCGCCAGUUUUGUUUACGUGUGAAUAUGUUAUUGAUGUUUGUUGAUACGUAUUAUCGAUUUUAUGACGUAGUUUCAAUUUUAAUUCUCGAUAAUUUGUUACAAAAAUGAUAUUUAUAUGAAAAAUGAAAAGCGCUUGUUGGAUUGUGUGUCGUUGUCGAAGAAAUUAAAUUUAAAACUAAUUUUUA